AUCGGGCAUGUAAAAUGGACAGCGAAGAAGAUGAGUAAGGCGGUGUGGCAGGUGUGUGCGUGCGUGUAUGCCAACGCAACCUCUCCCCCUCCCACUCGCACUCGUUCCACUAAUUGCUUCCACUACGGCAAGCGGAAAACACAAAGCCGGCGCUUUAUCACGCUUAUCAGCAAACAACGUAAGCGCAACCUACAUAUAGCCACACUUUAUUCCCGACUUCCCGGCGAUGGCGUAAUUGUUUUGAUAAUGCAAACAAUGAGCGCUCGUCCAUUUUUAGCCGGGCGACAUUGAAGAGAAAUUAAAAGUAAAUAAUAGUGGAAGGUCGCGCUGAGUAUCGGCGUUUAAUAAUUAAUUUGUUGGCCAAUUUUGGCAAAUCGAGCUUGGCCGCGGCACUGCAUGUUUUAUGCUUUGGCCAUAAAUGGCCGGGUUUUCCUUUUGGUUUUUCAAACUGCUCAGUUGCCUUUUUCGGCGCACUGAGCAAAAUUAAAAAACAAAAAAAAACUGCAAAAUGAAAAACACCAAUACCAUUUAGCGGUCUUAUCGGACGCUCUCUUUCUACCGCCCGCACAGCAGCAGGCGAUAGAGAGAGACAGAGGGGGAGAGCCACAGGUGGCCGGUACGGUGGCGAGUACCGUUAGAUAUUCCAGCAAUUGCGUAACUAAUUAAACAAUUGGCUGCAAUUAAGUAAACAUACUUGCACAAAUUCAUGGAAUACUUUUAAAAACAGAGAGGGAAAUUCAAAGAUUGAAUGCUUUGUUGAAAUAUUUUAAGUUAUUCCUCUUCUUGGAACUCACGCACUAUUAAAAACGUUCAAGCAACAUUAAUAAGCAAAUCGAUUCUGUCUAGUGAAAGGUGAGAGAAAUAAGUGGUAGGAACGAAGUGGGUCAAGAUAUACCGCAGCUUAAUCUUUACCCAGGGCAAAAAGAAAACACGAGGGCCGAAUAGAGACCCUGGGGCCAGCCAAGGGUUAAGGCACAACAAGAAAA